AUGGCAACUAGUCGUCCCCAACCUCUGUUCUACCAAUCGUCGAAAUGUGUGGAUCUGUACUUGGAUGCUAAUAUAAGAUUUCAACUAUCCCUACGCUGCCCGACAUUCCAAACAGUUCACCAGGCGGCAACUCUCAGAAUCCAUGAUCUCAAAAUGCGACCGAAUGACUUCGUAGUCAACGACACCACUUUCACUCUGGGUGUCAUCCAGAAAUAUACUACCACGCCAACUCCUGAAUCCGUCAAACUUCUGAAUGCCAGCGGUGGAAUUCAGUAUGACGUAGAUAGGUAUGGUCUCAGUGAGGAAGACUGCAUCAGAGUAAGCAAAUUGAAUGACUCAACAUUGAAAGAAGAACUUUACAUUGCACAUAGAGUUUUCGAGAGACGGAUAUACGAUAAUAAAUAUGAAGCGAUACAAUUAGAGUGUCUUGCACAUCAUAUGCGCUUGAAUAAUCAGGAGCCUCCGUAUACUCACUAUCUCCAAUUGACUAUGACAACUGGCACUGUGCAAAAAGUGGAACGUUUGGAGUAUGACAAUAAUUUCAAGAUCAGCAGUGACUACAUUAUUGAGAAAAUGUUUGGAGUAGCUCGGAAAAAAGUUCAGAUCAAAAAUCUACAAAUUGAUCGAGAAGCUUUGGACUUACAACUGAUGCGUCACAUUCAAAACGCUGAGUUUUUGUGUGUCGCUGGAACUGGAAGUUUGAAAGUGUUUAAUGUUAAUCAGAACAAUCGAAUCCAUUUCGCAAAGUGUAAUGACGUGGAAACGGAUUUUGCGGAUUUUGUUAAUAUAUGUUCGAAGGUUGGACAAUUCUACUCCAUCGGAUUCCAACAUCAAACAACUGUUGAGGAAUUUUUCGAGAUGUUCAGAAACCUUCCAGGGGCGGAGACAGGAAAAAGCGAUGAGUCAAGAUUGUCCCAAUUCCCAGAAUGUAUCAUUAUCUCAAUGAGCGAUGAGACCGAGUUAAAUGUGUGGUUUGAGAAAACAAACGAGGAGGAUAAAGUGUACUGCAACACGGAAUUCACAGUGAAGAUCAAAGUACAAAACAGAGGACACGCACAUGUCAUCUGA